AUGGAAUAAUUUCACGACGAAUCAGAUAACAUCUAAACUGGAACUGGCAGCAUUGAGAUAGCUCACACCACUCCUGAUGACUUGUAAGACCUUAGCCUCAAGAAGCUCGAUCCUUCCCUCAUGAAAGCACUCAAAUUGUUCGCCAAAAAUCAUUAGUAACUUGAAAAAGCAUAAGAUCCAAACAGAGGAAUUCACAGAAGAAUUUUAUCGCAAGAUGGCAGAUCUAACAACCAAAAUAUUUGA